AUGACUCAAGGCAAAGCUAGUAUGCUUGUACAUAGAGCCCGUUUUGUGGAUUUCAACGGUGCCAAUAUCACGGCCCUUGCAUUUUCUGAAGUGUCCAAACUAGAGAAGCGAACUCCAUCCGACCUGAGAUUGGCACUUGGCCGAUCCAAUGGAGACAUUGAAAUUUGGAAUCCGCGCAAUGGUUGGUGCCAGGAGCUUGUGAUACAAGGUGGUAGCGAUCGUACUAUAGAAGGACUCGCCUGGAGUAAUGUACCGGGAGAACCGCUGCGUCUUUUUUCCAUCGGUGGGUCCACGGUGGUGACAGAAUGGGAUUUGAAAACCGGUCUUCCUUUGAUGAAUUACGACUGCAAUGGUGGCGUGAUUUGGUCUAUAGCACUCAGUGCGUCACAAACAAAGCUAGCUGUUGGGUGUGACAAUGGGUGCGUAGUUAUAAUUGACAUAUCUGGAGGUGCUGGUGUGAUGGAACACGAGACUGUUUUACAAAGACAAGAUUCCCGUGUCCUUUCUGUGGCCUGGAAGGAAGAUGACUCUGUUAUUGGCGGCUGUGCAGAUGGGAGAAUACGAGUGUGGAAGGUAGCGAAGCAAGAAGAAAUUAGGGGCCGUAUUGUCCAAACCAUGAAAGUCGACAAAUCAAAAAAAGAAUCUACGCUCGUAUGGUCCGUGAUAUAUUUACCUAAAAUAAACCAAGUUGUCUCGGGCGACUCGACGGGGUCCGUUAAAUUUUGGGACUUUCAGUACGGCACCCUCAGUCAAACGUUCAAAGCGCAUGCAGCAGACGUGCUCUGUCUUACUUGCGAUGAAUCUCAUGAAAAGGUUUUCAGCGCUGGAGUGGACCGCAAGAUAUAUCAAUAUGCUCUCAGCCCCUCCACCUCAACAAAAAAAAGUUCAAAAUGGGUUGUAGCGUCUAAUAGAUUGUUGCAUUCAAACGACGUUAGAGCAUUGGCCUCAUAUCAAUCAAAGGGUGCUGAUUUUCUGGCUUCCGGCGGUGUCGAGAAAAACUUGAUAAUCAGUUCUGUUUCGUCGUUUUCGGACGGCAGCUACAAAAAAGUAUCUUACGCCACACCUUUUCACAAGAGGGUGUUGAUCAACGCAGAGCAGCGUUUAUGUGUGGCGUGGCAGCAAUCUACUGUCAAGGUAUGGAUUGUAGGUGCCGGACCAGAGGAGGAAAGGACUUAUAAACUGGUCUGCAAGCUGACUUUGAAGGACGAGCAGAACAUCUCCACUUGCGCAAUGUCUCCAGACGGCCAGGUUCUUGUGGUAGGCCGACCAAAUACUACAAAGUUGUUCCACUUACAACCUUUCAACGGAAAAUUGAAGGUCACUAAGCUAGACAAUGAAUUUCUUCUAAAAACUGGUAUCAAACAAGCCAAAUUCAUUGAUAACUCCAGUCUUGUUCUAGUCUCGGCUAAAGACGAGGUUUUGUCAUUGAACCUGGAAGACGACGAAGCUGACGAGGAGCCCACAGAGUUUGUGGUUCCCGAGCUACCAGAAACCAAAUCUGCGAUGAAACUCCCUCACAUAACUGCCAUCAAUCAUUUGGACAUUCGCGGUUCAUUUGCAGUGGUAUCUCGUAUCUGUGGCGAAGUCUAUAUGAUUGACCUCAAAGAUAACUCUGUUGUGACUGUUGCCCGUAUCAUGAAUUUCAUCACCGCUCUUCAUAUCACGAACAAAUGUACAGUCGUUAUCACAACCGCAGAAAACAGAAUUCUUGAAUUCUCGCUCAAAGAAUCAGAGGAGUCAGGUAUUGGGGCAAUGUCUGACUGGUGUAAAAAGAACAAAGACCACUUACCUAAAGAGUUGGAAAACGCGAAAUCGAAAUUCUUAGGGAUUUUUAGCUCAGAGGAGCGGAUAUGGCUAUGGGGGUAUAACUGUCUGGCAAGCUUUGACUUAACGCAGGAUCUACCAGUCAGUAACAGGAAGAGACCCAAGAAGCAUAAGAUAGAUGGAAAUACUGUGACUGACAAGAGCAACUACAUAGAUGCCAAUGGUGAAGAGGAAGAAGAUGACGAGGAAGAAGCCGAAGACACACAAUCGUUUAUGAGAGACAGGUCAGCAGAUACAACUGAAGGGAAUAGGUUUACGAAGGACAGCAAAGCCUAUUUUUUCACGGAAAACUACAAAUCGGUCUUAUUGGCAAAUGUUUUUGCUGAGAAGGAGAUCGUCAUUAUGGAGGCCCCCUUCACCUCCAAAAAGGCUUCGCUGGCCGCUUUUGACUUGCCUAAAUUAGUCUUCUAG